AUGUCAGGAACCCCUACGAUUCUCCCCCUUAUUGUAGACUCAAAGAAGAAUGUAGUCAAUCCAGCUGACCCGGCUACUCGGACUCAUGCUUCUAUCGCCACCACCAAAGGUUCUACUUUUCAUACGUCAUCUCAAAAAUCCGCAUGGAUUAUCGAGUCGGGUGCUACGGAUCACAUGACUUUAGAUCCUAGCCAACUUAUUAGUCGCAAAUCAUCCACUCUGUCUUCGGUGUCUAAUGCUAAUGGUACCCCCUCCCCUAUGGUUGGGGAGGGCUCUCUAUCUCUUUCUACUUCCCUACAUCUAGAUUCUGACAUCCUCACAAGACAGACGAUUGGUUAUGGUACUCAACAGGGCAAACUCUACUACUUGGACUGGGCACCAGAUAAUGAGGACAAGGUUGUUCAAGCUUUCAGAACCAGUGGAACUUGUUCCAAGGGGGAGAGAGACAAAAUUUGGUUAUGGCAUAAAUGUCUUGGGGAUGCCUCAUUCGGUUAUCUUAAGAAGUUGUUUCCAUCAUUAUUUUCCAGUCUGGAUGUUUCUAACUUCUAG